AUGUCAGAUUUCGGCACUCCGACGGGCCGCGAGGUGCAGCAUUUACAGACAAGACACGAUCAGCGAUGCCUCGAUAUCGAGGAAAAUGGGAACGUGUACAUGAGUGUCUGUCAAGCGCUCGAUCGGCAGAUGUUCUACUUCGAAGGUUCUCGCAUAAAGUCCCUCGCCAGCGACAAGUGCCUUGAUUAUGACCAUUUCAACGGCAACGUGCAUAUGUAUGCUUGCCACGAGCACGACAACCAGAAGUGGUACUUCAGUGGGGAAAGUCUCCGUACCAUGUGGGAUGACAAAUGCAUGGACUACAACUACAACACUCAAAACGUGUACAUGUGGUGGUGCCACGGAGGCAGCAAUCAGAAGUGGUUCUUCUCAGAAUCGUUUCUGACCGUCACCUCGACUACAGUGCUCGUCAGCAGAAGCACCACCACAACAAGCCUUGAUACGACCAUCUCGGGGAACACGUCCCCACCCAGCAACACUGCAAAUCCCACGACCCCUGCAACCACCAUCACCAUCAAGGCCACUACCACCACCACAUCCACCACCGCCACCACGACCACCACUGACACCACUACCACCACUCCCACCACUACCACCACUACCACCACUCCCACUACCACCACUACCACCACUGCCACCACCACCACCACCACCACCACCACCACCACCACCACAUCCACCAUUGUCACCACUGCCACUUCCACUUCUACAGCUAUGCCAGCCCCAGACACCACAACCACAUUCAUUCUGAAUGCCAGCACCACGCGUGGCAUCGAUCACGGAACACCAGCAAAGGAGCUUCCGAUCUUUGAUCGUCCAAUCUGCAACGAUGGUGCUGUGCCACAGGUUGAGGGGCAUCUGGCCUGGAACAGUCACUGGGUGCUGGAUGCAGGCUGCCGUUACGAGGUCUGGGAUGCCAAGGCCACAACUAGCUGUUUGUCAGGCAGCUGGGUGGUGCUGCAGGGAGCAUCAAAUGGCUUGCUGAUGUUCCACACGCUGCUCAUGAUGCUGACUGCACCAUCUACAAAUCGCAUCCGCCCUGGAAGGUUUGGUGGUCGAGCGGUCAUCGAUGUCUUCAUUCAAGACGGGCAGAUUCUGGAGUACAGUGCAUUGCCAUCUGUCGGAAAUCCGUGUGAGGGAGUAAAGCACGGCAUGAUGGAGGCUGCCGAGAGCUGCAAGCAACACGUCUUGAAGCAUUGGGCGGGCUUGCCGGAACACGGUCCGGACGUGUUGCGCAUAACCAUCUUUUGCUGGUGGUUCUGGGACACAACUCCCCUGAUCAUCGAUCUAGUCCAAGCUGAUCAGCACUGGGCAGAUGCAGACGUCGCAAUGGUCGUCCAGGUGUCAGCCUGGUACACGAUUUGCAACUACAUCAAGACGCAUGAAUGCCCGCGACAGGACCUGCUCGAGUGCAGCGAAGACGAGGCGGUGAGAAGCUUCAAUUCCGAGAUGCAGACGGCUCUGGAGAGGUUGAAGCCUUUCUGCAGUGUUCGAGCUCAACGGCACGGCUGCGUCGUUGGCACGAAGUCAUGGAGUGCUGCCGGCGGUGGUCUUGGCGCAUCCUUCGGGCACUUCGAUGAUCUUGUGCGGCAGAGGAUGACAGAUCUGGAUGGGCCUGCAGGGCUGCGAAUGUUCGACUUUUACAAGUUUGGUGCUGGUAUGCCACAGCAAACCAUACUGGGUCAUGGUUCGCAGAUUCUGCAUUCCUGGGCCUGGCAAAUCAUGUUGAACGGCUUCUGCCCUCGAGACGCCGCCAUGAAAGUCUCUGGUCUGACCUUCUCUGGACCCCUCUGCUCCGCGGCAGAAGUGGAUCUGGAGAAAUGCCCCGAGUAUGCUGACCUGUGUCGCAAAUGGGGCAGGUGCACGACGUGGAUGUGUAUGAACAGCAUCCCGUGUCAGCUACUGCCAUUUGAUCUACGCACCUUCAAUGCAGCUGCCACGAUUCAAGGCUCGCCAGCAACCUGGAUCCAACAGGCUGAGUAG